AUGUCAACGUCUAACUGCCGUUUCUACGAAAAUAAAUACCCAGAGGUUGACGAUGUGGUGAUGGUCAACGUGCAGCAAAUUGCUGAAAUGGGAGCAUACGUCAAGCUGCUGGAAUAUGACAACAUAGAAGGUAUGGUGCUGCUGAGCGAAUUGUCCAGAAGACGUAUCAGAUCGAUCCAAAAGUUGAUUCGUGUGGGAAGAAACGAAGUGGUGGUGGUGUUGCGUGUGGACAAGGAAAAGGGAUAUAUUGAUUUGUCGAAGCGUCGUGUGUCUUCGGAAGAUAUCAUCAAGUGUGAAGAACGCUACCAAAAGUCCAAGGCCGUGCACUCGAUCGUCAGACACUGCGCAGAGAAAUUCAAUUUUCCGUUGGAAGAGCUGUACAAGACGGUGGCCUGGCCAUUGAGUCGAAAGUACGGCCAUGCGUACGAUGCCUUCAAGCUGUCCAUCGUCGACGAAACGGUGUUCGAAGGCUUGGAACCGCCCAGCCAGGAGAUUUUCCAAGAGUUGCGCUCGUACAUUUCGCGCAGAUUGACUCCCCAAGCGGUCAAGAUCAGAGCUGACAUUGAAGUGUCGUGUUUCAGUUACGAGGGAAUAGAUGCCAUCAAGGCUGCUCUUCAAGCUGCCGAGGACUUGUCGACCGAGCAAAUGCAAAUCAAGGCCAAGCUAGUUGCGGCUCCACUGUACGUCCUGACCACGCAGGCUUUGGAGAAGCAGCAUGGUAUCGAGCUUCUUGAGAAAGCCAUUGAGAAGAUCACUGAGGUUAUUACCACCCACGACGGUUUCUGCAACAUAACCAUGGCUCCAAAGGCCGUCACAGCCACCGAAGACGCCGAGCUGCAAGCUCUCUUGGAAAACAAGGCCCUAGAAAAUGGUUCGGAUUCCGAAGAAGAGGAUUCUGAUUACGAAUAA